AUGAGUGAUGGAGGAACACCUCCUAUUAGUUCUAGUGUCGGGUCUGUUAACGCCGGUACUAGUAGUGGAGCUGCUGAUCCUGAAAAUGAGAUCAUAGAUGAUAAAACACCGUUCAGGAAAUUUGUGAAGAAGAUUCAAAAACAGCAAGGUGGAGGAUGUUGGAGGUGGCAGUGCAAUUUCUGUAAAUUGUACUACAACGGUUCUUAUACUAGAGUUCGUGGUCAUUUGUUGAAAGAAGGAACAACGGGGGUGGCAGUUUGCAACAAGGUUACUCCUCAUGCCUUUACUGCAAUGUCCAAGUUGGUGAAAGAAUGCAAGGAGAGAUUAAUGAAUGCAGCUCCUAGACAUGUUCCUCUACCAUCAUCAAGACAACAAGGAGGGAGUUCCUCUACUAGUAGCUAUGGGAUGAGUUAUCAUGCCUAUACACAAGCACCAACAACAAGUGAUGGUGGAAAGAAGAGGAAAACAGCUGCUGGUUUUAUUGAAAAUGCCUUCCAAAACUCAGCUAGGGAGCAAUGUGAUGGUGAGGUUGCAAGGAUGUACUACACCGGUGGCUUAUCUUUCAAUUUAGCUAGAAAUCCACAUUAUCGGAACUCCUACAUUCGUGUUUCUACCCUUUCAGGUUACAUUCCACCAGACUACAAUGCUCUAAGGACUACACUUCUUGCAAAAGAAAGGAAAAAUAUUGAGCAACAUUUGGAGCCAAUCAAGAUUACAUGGAAAGACAAAGGUGUGAGUCUUUGUAGUGAUGGUUGGUCUGAUGCACAAAGAAGAUCAUUGAUUAAUGUGAUAGCCACUUGUGAGAGUGGUCCGAUGAUGUUGAAGGCUAUAAACUGUGAGGGGGAAUUCAAGGAUCAUUCAAUGAUUGCAGACUUGAUUAUAGAUUCCAUAAAAGAAGUGGGUUGGGAAAAUGUAGUGCAAGUGGUUACCGACAAUGGUCCUGUUUGUUCCAAAGUCGGUGCCUUGAUAGCAAGUAAGUAUCCUACUAUUUUUUGGACACCAUGUGUAGUGCAUACUUUAAAUCUUGAUGUCAAGAAUAUUUGCACACCUCCAUUAGUUGCAAGCAAUGCGGAUGUGUUUGAUGCAUGUUGUUGGAUAUAG